AUGAGUGUUCGUGAAACAGGUGUUGCUAUGGUGACAUCAGUCAGAAUGGCUCCUCCUCUUCUGAUGGUUCUCCUCAUGAUUCAUGGGGUUUCUAGUGCUGAUUGGGGUGUGAGUUACAGUCCUUCACACAUCUGUGCACUAAAGGACUCAUCAGUGAUAAUGAGCUGCACUUAUACAUACCCUACUGGACAUCAGAUCGAGAAAGUGUUCUGGACCAAAACACUGGUAAAACAUAAUGUAGAGCCUCCAGAUCUGUCUGAGGACCCUGAAUUCAGUCAGAGGCUUCAGUAUCUGGGAGAUAAACAGCAGAUAUGCUCCAUCAGACUGAGUCAUGUGACACUGAAGGAUUCACACAUGUACUAUUUCAGAUUCAUCACUGAUAAAGACAGAUGGAUUGGUGAUCCAGGAGUGACUCUUACUGUCACAGAUCUUCAGGUGGAGUCUCCUGAGAGAGUGACAGAGGGAGAUUCAGUCCGUCUGACAUGUAAAAGCAGCUGCACUCUGACUGACAGAGCAACAUUCAUCUGGUACAGAAACUCACAGCCAUUAACUGAGAGAAGAGACAGAAACAAUGAACUCCUGCUGCAGUCAGUCAGAAGAGAGGAUGCAGGCAGAUAUAGCUGUGCUGUACACGGACACAAUCACAUCUCUCCUGCUGUUCAGCUCAAUGUCACGUACCCUCCCAGGAAUGUCUCUGUGUCCAUCAUUCAGUCUGGUCAGAUUUGGACAGGUUAUUCAGUGACUCUGAUCUGCAGCAGUGAUUCAAACCCUCCUGCUCUGAACUUCAGCUGGUUUAAGGAGAAUGAAAGCUCAGCUGUUGGAUCUGGACAGAGUUUCAGUGCACUACAGAGUGGACGCUUCUACUGUCAGGCUCACAAUCAACAUGGAUCUCAGAGAUCAGACGCUGUAACUGUGAAUGUUAAAGGUAGAGCAGCUCAUAUACUUUACUCUUUCUAAAGUGAAGAAAAUGAA